AUGCAGGAGCUCAAACCUGGUCAAUUUGAUCAGUUCGAAAAGGUGGUUACAAAGUUCCUUUUGAGGUUUCCAGAGCUAAAACCAUUCCUUCUCUGGUAUCUCCAUGUUCAUCGUGCCCCUUCUACCUUUCCAGCUUGUCGAUCCCUGUCACCUGACCAAGAGGAGAGGUUUGGCCGAAUUACCAACAACACCAAUGCUCAAGAGAGUUUGGGCAAGCAAUGGCAGAACAUGAAACACAGACCAAAUGCAAAAUUGGGCAUCAAUGAGGCAGUCCUACAGUCAUACAGAUUUGUCACCAUGUUGGAAUCCAAUCGAAGGCUUGUUGAAUCUGGUAUGUCUUCCAAGUACAACAUGUUCCCAAGACCCAAAGCAUCUACACCUAAGAAGAGAAGACAUAAGAAUGAUGGGCGUGCUCCUGACACUUCAACAGCUCUGUUGGGUAGCAAGUCCAAAAGAUCUUCUACAGGUCGGUCGGGUAGUAAGUCCAAGAGAGCUAAGAAUGCAUCAUCUGUGGUUGUGACUGGUCCAACAAAGGAAGAGAUUCAAAGGCUGUAUCAUUUGGCUGGUACCUUGGGUGAAUGUGAUUUCUACUGUGGCUUUGGUUGGGGUACUGGAGGUUUCACUAACACCUGCCCACUUGAUUCCCUUUGGGGAUUGUUUGUGAAGCUGUCCAUCUGUGAAGUCAAUCUAAAACCACUUCCAGAGUUGAAGGAUCCGCAGUCUUUGGUGUCAAGAACAUUCAAACUGGCAUCUGAUUUGGGGACUCCAACUGCCACCGAUGUUAUCAGGAGGAUGAUUGUCAGUGAGGUCUACAAUGCAAAGCACCUACCAGUUACCAUCUCUGGAAAGAUCAAUCUCUUUUCAUCCCUUGAUGCACUACUGAAUGAUGCUGACUAUGAUAGAAUGACCAAAGUAACCCCAUUGCUGGAGUCAUUCCAAUUCCAAUACACUGAGAUGGAAACUUGUUCAAGUGGUGAUCAAUGCACUCGAAGAGCUGCCCUUGGAGGUUCUCGCAGCCCAGUCCCAGUGCAGAGAAAGGAUGGCAAAUUGAGAAGUACUACAAAGCUUGUCUACAACACAACACCAUAUCAGUGA